AUGAUGAAGAAGAAGAAGUUUAAGUUUAAGGUGGACUUCGAGCUGGAGGAGCUCUCCUCCGUGCCCUUCGUCAACGGGGUCCUCUUCUGCAAGAUGCGGCUGCUGGACGGCGGCAGCUUCACCGCCGAGUCCUCCAGGGAGGUGGUGCAAGCCAACUGUGUCCGCUGGAGAAAGAAGUUUUCAUUUAUGUGCAAAAUGAGUGCCAGCGCCUCCACCGGCACCCUGGACCCGUGUUUCUACAGAGUGUCUGUGCGGAAGGAAUUAAAGGGUGGGAAAGCUUAUGCAAAGCUGGGCUUUGCAGAUCUAAACCUGGCAGAGUUUGCUGGAUCAGGAAAUACCACCCGUCGCUGUUUACUGGAAGGCUAUGAUACCAAAAAUACAAGACAGGACAAUUCCAUUCUUAAAGUUUUGAUCAGUAUGCAGCUGAUGUCUGGUGACCCAUGUUUUAAAACGCCUCCCUCCACAUCCAUGUCAAUACCAAUCGCUGGGGAAUCCGAGUCUCUGGAAGAGGACAGAAAAGGUGGAGAGACCCUCAAAGUGCAUCUUGGAAUAGCAGAUCUUUCAGCAAAGAGUGCCUCUGUUCCAGAUGAACUUGGCGCCUGGGGACAUUCUAGAACAUCAAGCUAUGCAAGCCAGCAGUCCAAAGUAUCAGGGUAUAGCACGUGUCACUCCCGGUCAUCCAGUUUCUCCGAGUUCUGCCACAGGAGAAAUACCUCAGUGGGAAGUACGUCAACAGGAAUUGAAAGCAUUCUGGAGCCAUGUGACGAAACUGAGCAAAUCCCGGCCGAACCAAGUCCAGACAGCGCUGCAGAUAAAGAAGAAGAAGCUUCAGAGAAACUCGCCAGAUGCCCGGUCAAGCAGGAUUCCGUUGAGUCUCAGCUAAAGCGGGUCGACGACACCAGGGUGGACGCUGAUGACAUCGUGGAGAAAAUCCUACAGAGUCAGGACUUCAGCCUGGAUUCCAGUGCAGAAGAAGAAGGCCUGAGGUUAUUCGUGGGGCCUGGGGGAAGUACGACCUUCGGCAGCCACCACCUUCCAAACAGGGUAGGAUCUGGAGCCUAUGAACAGGUUGUGAUCAAACGCUAGAAGUGGAGCUGGCCGACGGUAGCUUCCCCGUAUAUCUGAGGUGUAGACAACAGUGUUUCAAGGUGUUUAGUCAAGCAUGUAAGAAAAACAAUGAGCCUGUUUUCAACGUCAAGUUCAUCUGUGAAGAGGAAAGCAAUGCUGAUUGCCUCUCAAAGCAUCCCCCACCAUCCUUUCCCACCCGCUUACCCACGGAGGGAGCAUGUAAACAGAGGGUGAAGGCCUUGCCUGCAUAAGCACCCAGAACGAAAAGCCUGUUUGUGCUUCCAAAACACCCCAGAGAAAAAGCAGCACUUGACACUUCUGAGUGUGGCUCUAGUAUUCCACCAUAAAAAUCCAAGGUGGGGGUGCCCAACAGGUCUGGGCCCUGCGUUUAAAUUUUACAUUUAAGAGACAGUACAUGAGGUCAGUUUAGACCCUGUAAUUGUAUCAAGCUAACUGUAAUUCUUAUGAAGUACCCCUUCCAUGUCCUCCUACCUAUAGCAUUGUACUAAGUGGAGUAACUCCUUUGAUGCAAUAACUGGCGGAAAGAGUGGGUGUCCGCGCUUUGGGAAAUGUUAGGCUACAACUGAAGCAUUUUAAAUACCUAACAAUUCUGAACGUAUCAGAUGGAAGUCAAACGACAGAUGUGUCCAAGUGUGAGACAGGCGGAUGGAAGGAACGCUGUGAGCGUGCAUAUAUCCAUUCCUUGUCAUCAAUAUUAGAUGAAUUGCAAAAGCCCAAGUGGCACUAUGUGUAAGAGCAAGCUUAAUAAUCUAGACGUUAGGCUACCACAGGCAAGCUAGGAGAGGAGCUGUUUCCUAACCCAUUCAGUGCUAAGACUUGCUGGUCUCAGCAGUCAGAACAGACAGAAAACUGUGAGGUGAACAGAAAAAUAACAUUCUUCCUCAGGAAGCCAGACUUCUGUGAGCUGCCACUUACCAUGCCACGCUAAUGGACAGACAUCUGGGCGUCUGCUUUCACUGACGCCUGUGCGACUGGCGCUUUUCUAUUUUAGCCCCUUUGACCAGAAACUGUUUUCUUCUUUACUGUCAGAAUCUAGCUGUUUGGAGCAGGAGUGGACUGUAACAUACCUCUAAUACAGCUUUUAGAGUGCAGCUCUCUGGUCUGGACCCAUGCUAACAACACAGUACACAAGCUCUGGUUUUCUGGUCUAACUUAACAGUACCUAUGUACAAAGAGCUAAACCCCCCUUCGCCAAAGAGAAACAGAGGGUUGUACAGAGCCAGCAAUGCCCCAGCCGUCUACAGUCAUGUCCUGGAAGACGAUAGCUCAGAACAGGAUUACUCUGCCCAACGUAUUUUUAUGUUGACAAAAUACUUAAAAUGUUUGAGUGUUGGGAAGCUUGGAAAAAUUGGAAUUGUUCGUGUUAGAAUUUUUAUUUUAAUAUCUCAAAAAUUAGGUAGUCUACAGUAAUCCAAAAAUGUUUCUAAAACAGGUUCUGAUUUUUUUAAAAGAAGAUGACACCCUAUUAUUAUUAAUUAUUCUAAAAUGUUAAAAUAUGUUGAAUACUAAGAGAAAGGAUUUUCAAGUGAGCAGAUCCAUUGUAUAUUGAUGAUGAAGAUAUUAUUUAGAGAGUUUAUCCUGACAAUUUUAAAAGGCGUGUUUUUCUAUUUUUAAAGCUAUAAUUUCUCAGCUUUAUUUUCUGUGGCCCCUCUGCAAAUGAUUUUGGAUUCUAAAGACGAUAAUAACGCCAGAUUGCAGGCGUGGUUCAGGGAGGCCACUCAUGAGACAACACAGGUGCCGCAGCCAAGGCACAGUCGCGCCUCGCUUAGCCUGGCUGCCCUGGCCCUGGGUCUUUACACAGGAUGAGGUGUUGGCAUUUUAAAUGGUACAGAACCCUUUUUUUAGAAAAGUAAAAUGUGUGGAUCUGGGGAAGACAGCUCAACUGGCAGAGUGUUUGCCUCGACCACCCGAAACCCUGGGUUUUCGAGUGUGAGCGUUGGUGCACACCUGUAAUCCCAGCACUUGAGAGAUGGAGGCAGGAGGAUCAGAUGUUUUAGGGUCCUUCUUGGCUCUGUAGGGAGCUGGGGGCCAGAGGAAGCUGUAUGAUACCCUGCCUCAAAAAGGGAAAAUGAAAAUGUGAAGAGGUUUUGAAAAGUAUAAAAAAAAUAUGCCUGUUUUAUUUUAGCAGCUACUAAAUAAUCUUGAUUUAUAUAUGUUAAGUAAUAAAAAAAAAGAUGACUUAGUGAGUAGAAACAGUGAGCUGGGAGGGGAAGCAAUAGCUGUGACUCUCAAGUCGGCUAAAGUCUGGAUUCUCCUUCCCUGGUGUUCUGGAUAUUCUGCAUUCGUAUUUCAGUACAGAAUGUGAAGGGUUGUCUGAGUGAAAGCUUUUCUAUUUUUUUCUUUCUGUGGGGCAUACAUUGUCAGGCUCUCAGCCACGAGGCUAUUUUAAAAGCUGUUUGCUAAGCACCAAGUCUACUUUUAACUCUGUUUUGAGGAAACAAUAGAGUUGGGACAGUAUACUCUUAACAAGUUAAUUUUUUUCAUAUUUAGGUCAGAUUUUACCCAGUCUAGUCUUGGAGGAUUUUUUUAUCUAAACUGUUUCCUACUUCUAUCCUAGAGAAAAGACAGACAGCACCCUUUAAAGCUGGUAUUGGUAGCGAGAAGGAAAGAUCUUGAGUACCUUGCUCAGAACAUAUGUAGGAAAAGACAGAGACAGCUGAGCCAUCAGUUUACACUUGGAUGCUGGGCUUCCUUUUGUGGCCGUAUUGAAGGCCUCUCUAUACAAACAACUAAUGUAGAUGAACACUUUCGAUAUUAAAGUCUUGACCAACAACCCUAGCUCCACCAUCUCAUUCCAUCAUAAAACCAUAAGAAAUAAUAACCAAGCUAGAUUCUUCUGUAUGUCUUUGUCUUUAGUUUGUUGUUGUUGUUCUUUUUUUAUACAAAACUGUGAGCCACAGAGGUUGACCACCUAACCCCCCCCCUUUUUUUUUAUUAGAAGGAAAAAGAAAAUACCCUCAACUAAUCUCCAUUCAAAACGUAUUCAAAUUCAGGCUCGCUCCUGUAAUCCCAAUACUUUGGAGGCUGCGGCGAGUUCAAGGGUAGCCUGAGUUACACGGUCUACUUGAGUUCAAGGGCAGUCUGGGUUCCAUGGUAAUCUUGAGCCCAAAAUUAGACCCUGACUCAAAAAAAAAAAUUUUUUUUUUUAAAUCAGGCAGCACUGAGUUUUGGUAAGUCAAAGCAUUUGGAAGCAAUUCCAGACUCUCAGAUUUCCAUGUUAAAUAAACCACUUUUGAAGCAUAAGCUGACAGUAUCAUUACAUAUUUCACUGAAACACUUCUGAAACCUUAGGCUUCUGUGUUUACAUCAAAUCCCUGAGAGACGCCACGAGCACCUAUGACGGGAUUGUACUGUUCUCUUCACAUGUCUUUCAUGUGGGCAUUUCAGAAAUUCAGUUCUCUUAGAUGGUACGCCAUGUGAAUAUAACCAAGUAGGGUAACUGAGACUGUGUCAGGCCACUGUGCACAUUGGCUUAGCUAGGUACUACGCAUAAGAUUAGCAGCUGAGCUGUAAGGAUGAACUAUUCCUGUCGUAAGCCUAAGACUGCCCUGAAAAUAAGGCCUUAUUCCCUUCUACACAGGAUUUUUGUCAGAAAAUGUAUACACAAAAUAUUUUACACAGUAAUAUGGGUAGUCUCCCCAUACAACAAAGAUACUAAAAUUUUAUUAACAAUGUGGUCUGUAUUUUGAAAUGUAUAUGUUUAUAUUCCUUAUAUAAUUCUUUCACUGUUAGUCAUUGGCCAAAUUCAUUGCAAAGAAAGCCAGACUAUAGAAGAAUUUUAUUAACUUUGGCAAUGUCAUGAGGAUUGCCUUCCUCUGUGUUAGUUUGGUUUUUUUAGAGGUUAACACAGUGUUUAUAAGAAAUGUUACUGAUAUCUGAGGAAUAAUACCUCAGUGGUAUUAUCCAGCAUAUGCAAGACCCUGGGAUUGCUCCUCAGAGCUGAGAAAAGAAAAUGAAGUGAUUCCGUCAGUAUUCUGUUCUAAUACUUGGAGAAUGACCUUCAUAUUUAUAUAUUAUAUGUCUUAUGUCUUAACUAUACAGUGAUAAAAUCCAGGAAAUGUUUUUUUUUAAACAAAAUGAAAUUUUGUUCGUAAAAUGUUUGUAAGGAUAUAAAAGUGGAUCUUAUACGUGUUCAA